AUGUCGGGCUGGAACGCGAGCGGCGACGGGGAGCUCGGCGCGUCGGACUGGCCGGGGGUCGUCGCCGCUGCUGCCGAGCCGCUGUUCUGGUCGCCCAGCGCCCCUUCGUGGGGCCGCUCCUCCGUGGAGGGCGGCGGGCGACGGAGGAAGGACACGGGGAGUCCCGGAGGAGAAGAGCGGGAGCCGCGAGGCGCUGAAGGCUCCGGCGGCCCGAGGCGGGCGGCACGGCAGCGGCCGCCCCGAGCUGCGGCCGGCCAGGCUCGGGACUCCGCGGCGCCGCUCUGCUUCCACCUCGAUAGCGCCCUGGUCGGGGCUCUCAUAGGUCGGGGUGGAACUAAAAUUAAAGAACUUGAGAAUUCUUCGGGUUCCAGGAUAAAGGUUACAAGAGGAACCUAUGAAUCUGAAGUAAAGAUUUUUGGCAGCAUUGAUGUGCAAAACAAAGCCAAGAUGUUGAUUGACAACCUUGUUACAAGUUCUGGACAAAACCAUAUUAGAGGUGGGACAGAGAAAGGAAAAACCUCGGACAUUUUCAAGCCUGAAAAUAACCCAAAGAAACCAGUGAUAAACUGGGCCUCUCUUCGAGAUAACAGGGCCAAAUAUGAAUCUAUGAAGUGGGCAGGCUUGCCUCCAAUUGAGAAAAACUUCUACAAAGAAUCAUCCAGGACUGCAUCCAUGUCAAAAGAAGAAGUAGAACUGUGGCGGAAAGAAAAUAAUGAUAUAACUUGUGAUGACUUAAAAGAAGGUGAAAAGCGCUGUAUUCCCAAUCCUGUUUGUAAAUUUGAAGAUGUAUUUGAGUCUUAUCCUGAUAUUAUGGCCAGUAUAAGAAAAGUUGGUUUUCAAAAGCCCACACCAAUUCAGUCCCAGGCAUGGCCAAUUAUACUCCGAGGAAUUGAUCUUAUUGGUAUAGCACAGACUGGUACUGGGAAGACAUUAGCAUACUUAAUGCCUGGAUUCAUUCACUUGACUUCACAACCAAUAUCUAAAGAUCAGCGUGGGGGGCCUGGAAUGUUAGUCCUUACUCCCACUAGAGAACUGGCACUUCAAGUAGAGGCGGAGUGUUCAAAGUAUGCAUACAAAGGAAUUAAAAGUAUUUGCAUCUAUGGCGGUGGGGACCGAAAAGGACAGAUAGACAUGGUUACCAAAGGUGUGGAUAUUGUUAUUGCUACUCCUGGCAGACUGAAUGAUCUUCAAAUGAACCACUUCAUAAAUUUGAAGAGCAUAACAUAUCUGGUUUUAGAUGAGGCUGACAGAAUGCUGGAUAUGGGAUUUGAACCUCAGAUAAUGAAGAUCCUAAUAGAUGUGCGUCCUGACAGACAAACUGUUAUGACGAGUGCUACUUGGCCUGAUGGUGUCCGUCGUCUAGCAAAAUCCUACUUGAAAAAUCCUAUGAUUGUGUAUGUUGGCACUCUUGACUUAGCAGCAGUAAACACAGUACAACAAAAAGUUAUUGUUAUCCCCGAGGAGGAAAAGAGAACUUUCAUGCAUAGCUUCAUUAAGUCUAUGAAGCCAAAAGAUAAGGUCAUCAUUUUUGUGGGAAAAAAGCUUACAGCUGAUGACUUAGCAAGUGACUUUGGUAUCCAAGGAAUUCCAGUACAGUCUCUUCAUGGCAACAGGGAGCAAUGUGAUCGAGAACAGGCUUUGGAUGACUUCAAGAAAGGCAAGGUUCGAAUAUUGGUAGCUACUGACUUGGCAUCCCGUGGCCUUGAUGUGCAUGAUAUUACUCAUGUUUUUAACUUUGAUUUCCCUCGCAACAUUGAAGAAUAUGUUCACAGAGUAGGUCGUACUGGAAGAGCAGGGCGCGCUGGGGAGGCAGUAACACUUGUCACAAGCAAUGAUUGGAGGUUUGCAUCCGAGCUGAUUGACAUUCUGCAAAGAGCAAACCAAGUAGUUCCUGACAAGCUUAUGGCAAUGGCAGAAAGAUACAAACAAUCACAAAUGAGAAAAGAAAUUGAAAAGGAUAUACAAAGACCUUGGAGAAAGCCCACAAAAUCAUUAUAAUCCCUUGAAGCUACUGAAACAGAGAAAGUGAAUUUAAGUA